AUGGUGUUCAAAUGGCAGCAGACUGAGAUGACCACCGGCAUGGGGCACAUCGACCUGAACCGCAUCAGCGGGUACAUCCCCGGCAAGAUCGUCUGCUACCUCAUGAACGUCUGCAAGAGCGGCCUGGCGCGCACCCGCAAGAUCUGGCUGACGCGCCACGGGGAGAGCGAGUACAACCAGCGCGCCCUCAUCGGAGGGGACAGCCGCCUCAGCCCCAACGGGGAGGCCUACGCCGCCGCGCUGCCGGGCGUGCUGCGGGCGCGUCUGCAGCGGGACGACGACGACGGCGCGCUGCUGCCGGUGUGCGUCUGGACCAGCACCCUGCAGCGCACCAUUAGGACGGCGCGCAACCUGCCGUUCCCAAAGGUGCGGUGGAGGGCACUGGACGAGAUCGAUGCUGGCGUGUGCGACGGCCUCACGUACGCCCAGAUCGCGGAGCGCUUCCCCGAUGAGUUUGCGGCCAGGAAGGCCGACAAGCUGCGAUACAGGUACCCCCGUGGUGAGUCAUACCUGGACAUGAUCCAGCGGCUGGAGCCCGUGAUGCUGGAGAUGGAGCGGGAGGCGGAGUCCCUCGUCAUA